CAAAGAAAAUACGGGAGAUAACUCUAACUCAGUGCAUUUACUAUGAAAAAUCCCGAGAGUUCCGAAUGUCAAUAUGGCGUAAAAUUAAAAUGUUGGUGAAAAAGUGUUGAGUUCUUCCAGUCCAUGCUUCUUCAUUAAUAUGAAUUUAAUUAUUUGGUGAAAGGUAUUAUCUGCCUCAAAAUGGUUUGUUUUAAAUAAUUUGACUGUUAUUUUCAAUGCAGCUUCAUAAAUUUUCUCCAAAAUCGUUUCGGAGUGAUUCUGCAAUUUUUAGCUAUAUUACGGGUAUAUGAGAGGCAUUUUACCUGUGGUGAAGGCCUGUGCCGAGACACAGUUAGAUUAUUCUAACUAUGCAGAGUGUAGUGAAUUUAAUAGCUUACAGCUUGGUUAUGUAAAUGUCAACAAUACGGUGUCUCGAUGUAUCUAUUUCGUAAAUGUCCUAUAUCAUAUGCAAUGUCAACCCGUGUACGCACGGGUAAAAGUCUAGUCUCUGUUUAUAAGGAAACACGAGUAUUUUAUGAAAUGUAAACCCACAUGUAUGGUCAAAACUUUUUUAAAAAUAAAGCAUUAUUUCAAUAUGUUCCGUCUCUCGUUAUAUAAAAGCGCCGCUCAUAGCUUUAACCUUGAUAGACCAUAUAAUUUGAUAGAAUUCCAUAAGGACAUAUUCUUAUAUACUCAUGAGAAAAUGACAGGUAAAAUGUUUUGUUAUUAUGAAAUGGUAAUGAUCAUUACAUAAAUUUCCUUCUCAGAGUAGAGGACGUAAAUGAAUUCAAUGUUUUCGUUAAAGUAACACUCUUCUUACACAAAAAGAAUCAUUUGAUAUUCGUUGCAACCUUGGCAUAAGAUUCACAUGAUGCUUUAACAGAUUGAAUACAGUUCAAAUUAUAAUAAAUUGUACAUCACUCACCUACUGUCGUUAUUUUAAUGAUUUGUUUGGAAGUGUAUGGUUCAAUGACUUCAACACUACCAUAAUGAGCCAUCAAAAUUACGGAUUGAUUUCAAUAGAUACCGGAUAUUUUGUUCCACUGCAGAGAAUCGAUGUACAAGACUUAGUGUCAAUCAACGGGCUUAUUGCCAGUGUAAAGUCAGACUUGCAUUACAUAAGCGACAAAGAUGAAAAUACUGAAACAGUGUUCGUUUUUCCGCUGGAUUCGGAUGCAGCGGUUUACGAAUUCGAGGCGGAAAUAGACGGAAAAACAAUUGUAGCAGAGGUCCAGGAGAAAUCACAGGCAAAGGAGACUUAUCAAGAUGCCGUUGCAUCGGGCUACACUGCUGUAUACAUGUCUGAAGCCGAUAACGCUGGCGAUAUCUUCCGUUUGAAGUUGGGAAACCUUCCCGCAAAGGCUGCCGCCAGAUUGACGCUUCGUUACGUCCAGGAGGUAGAUGUCAGUUCCGACAAAAUAGGAACAUUCAUGCUUCCCAGGGCUCUGAAUCCCCGAUACGUACCGAAGUGUUCAUCACAAAACAGUCCGUCGGACGCGUCAUUUAGAAUCCAUACCAUCCAGUCCGGAGUAACAUACUGUCCGGACUUUACAAUGAAUUUGAACGCUGUCAUUGCUGGAGGUACAAGAAUGGUUGAUUUAACAACUAAAUGGGAGUUUGAUGUAUUAGCCGAGAAGAUGGAUGAAAUGAUUUCAUCAUCAAAACAAUUAGAUAAUGGUAUCGAUUUUUCAAUCGUUUUGCAUUACAAGGGCUUUGAACAACCAGGAGUUGUGCUGGAGACUGGAAGCGCGGACAAAAACAAUCCAUUUUUAUCAACUGACGUAUUGAUGGUCAAUUUUUCACCGAAUUUUGAGAAUUUGGAAAACCAAGUGCCUUGUGAAUUUGUGAUCAUUAUCGAUUGCUCUGGAUCAAUGAUGGGAUCACGCAUGGAGAAAGCCAAGGAAACCCUGUUGCUGAUUUUGAAAAGCCUACCUGUGAAUUGUAAAUUCAACAUCAUUAGAUUUGGGUCAAGGUUUUCUUCAUUAUUUUUAGAAAGUUCAAAAUAUGACGAGAAUUCCUUAAAAGUAGCUAUGCAGCUCCAGAAAAACUUACAAGCAGACAUGGGAGGCACAGAAAUAUUCAGACCUUUGGAAAGCGUUUUCAAAAAUAGACUUUCGGGAUGCCAUAGAAGACAGAUAUUUUUAUUGACUGAUGGAGCAGUCUACAAUGUUCCUGAACUAGUUCAGUUGGUGAGGAAACAGAAAAACACAAGAGUGUUUACCUUUGGAAUGGGAGACGGUUGUUCAACUGAACUGAUUCGGGACGUUGCCAAGGCUGGCAAUGGAAAGGCAACGUUUGUCAAAGAUAGUGACAGAUUGCAGUCAAAGGUCAUGUCUGUAUUAAAAGCAAGCAUCCAGAGUGGGAUAACUGAUGUGACCUUGACAUGGUCUCUUCCUACUGGUUGUACCGCUAUUAAUGUCCCAGAAAACGUCCCAGCUAUUUUCGAUGGUGAAAUGUUUAUUUUGUACUGUAUUAUCUCGGGAAAUGUGGAAGAGAGUUUGUUCGGAAAGUCAUCGGUGGUGUUGACGGGUCACGCAGGGGAUAAAACACUGGAUUACAAAAUGAACUUUGUGUUAGGGUCAAAAAAGCAAACUGAUGCUGACAAUUUAUACCCAAUUCAUAGGCUUGCCGCAAAAGCCAGCCUGACAGAAAUGGAAAUCUCUAACGUAAAAGAAAGUUUAAUGGUGUCGCUGAGUACGACAACCAAUAUCACCUGUAAAUACACGGCUUUUGUUGGUGUCGAUAAGCACAGCAAAGAGAUAGUGGCAAAAGGUUUUUCUGUUAAGAAACAAACAGAAAAGGGUGAUUAUAUGGCUUAUUUAGCUAAAAAAUUGGCAAUGCGUAAGAAACCCACAGAACGUUUUUAUGGUGUUGAGGAGCGGACACAAACAAGUACUAGUGAUACGUGUCUCUCCUCAGUUAUGAUGCAGCUGAUUGAAAUACAGGCAUUUGAUGGAUCCUGGCAAUUGACUGACAAUUUCUCAAAAAUCUUAGGAAACACAAUGGAACAGUUAAGGAGAGAGUCUCCCGUUGCCGAUAUCGACAUAUGGGCAACAGCUCUAGCCGUUGCGUUCUUAAGAAAGAACUUUCUAGAACAAAGGGAAGAGUGGGAAAUGGUGGAGGAAAAGGCUUUAAAAUGGUUAAGCAUCAAAACAAAUGAUGACAAAGAUGUUCUGCAAGAAGCUUCGAAAAUUUUAUCUUCAUCUAUUAAUGAUUUUUGCUGAUUGGACAUAAUCUGUAAAAUAUUAAUUAUGCUUCUUUGAUUGUUUUGAGCUGAAACAUACGCGAAUAUUGCAGUUUAGAAUUGGAACUCAAUACAAUUACAUGUAGACCAACUUAUCACAAUUCCUUUUUUAUGCAUUCACCUUUACAUGAUUUAUUCUCUUUAUAUAUUGAUGAAAUAAAUGUUCUUUUUUCGCUUUGGUUAUAAUCAAAUACAAGUACGAUGCAUUAAUCAAAUGAUCAUCUUCGAAAUGGUUCAAUUUGUUAGGUUACCCCCUCCCAUUUAAUUGCAAUUAAAAUGGAACUUUCAUAAAUUAUAGUGUUAUUUUGGAUUGGUUUAUGAAAUUUUCUAUUAAGUUUCCUAUUUUAUUAGGUCACCUGACUCAAUCCGUCCUCAUCGUACUUCGUGCGUCUGUGCUUCGUGCGUUAAUAUCUUAACAUUUUCAGCUUCUUCUUGAAAACAACAAGUCUAUGCAAUUUGUUACCAUUUUUUGUUUGAAGCAGCCUUAUGAUAAGAUGAUUGUGAACUCUAAAUUUUUCAUUGUGAAAUUCAUCACUUUAUUAUCCUUGGGGCCUCAUGGGCGGGACCAAAUAUGUAAAGAAAAAAAGCAAUAUGUUCUUCUUUACUUCCACACGUGACAAAAAAUGAAUGUAUGCUCUCAUAUAUAUUAUAAAAACUAAAUGCGCAGUUAUGAAGCAUUCUACGUAUAUUGAAACAAUUUAUGGCCCCUGGGUUCAGACUUUAGGGCGGGACCAAUAUGGCAAAAUAGUGAAAAUGUAUUUAAAUCUUUGAAAAUCUUCUUCUCAAUUCCCAUUAUUAUUUGAGAAAUACUAAAUGCAUGGCUAUGAAGCCCUCUACCUUCUUUGUGAAAUUCCCAGUCCCUGGGUCAGCGGUUCAGGCCACAUGGGUAGGGCCAAUAUGGCAACAGUGAAUAUUAUUAAAAUUUUA